AUGUACCCGCAAACCACCAACACUCAGCCGAUUCUACAACCACCGCCGUCUACGAGCACAAUGCCAGCAGCCAGCGGAAAGGCCGAGGACAGCGAAGUAUCAGUGAUAUCAGUGAGCUCCAGAAUUCCCGAGUUCUGGACUGACCAACCUAGAGUCUGGUUCAUCCGUGCAGAGUCAGUUAUUCUGCCACAAAAAGUGAACGACGAGACACGGUUCAACAUCAUCGUGUCUAAGCUGGGCAAAGAUGUCAUUCAGCAGGUGACAGACCUCCUCAUCAAACCUCCUGAAUCCAACAAGUACGAGGCGUUGAAGGCACGACUAUUGGCCAUCUAUGAGGAGUCGGAGAACCGGCAAGUGCAAAAGCUCAUCGGAGAAAUGGAGCUCGGCGACCAAAAGCCGUCGCAGCUCCUACGCCGGAUGCGAGACUUAGCCAGAGAGAAGAUACCCGAUGACACCCUCAGAAUCCUGUGGCAAAGCCACCUACCUCCGGCAGUCCGAGCUGUACUAGCUGUCACCGACUCAAAGGACAUGGACAACCUGGCAGCAGUAGCCGACAAAGUGAUGGAGACCACUCUGCAGCCGCAGCACAGCAUAGCCGAGGUAUCCAGCCGUAGAGGAGAGGACAAGAUAUUGGCGGAAAUUGCGAAGCUGAGUGCCAGGAUCACGAACAUGGAGAGGUCAAGGAGCCAGUCCCGAGGUCAAGGCCCGCGCAAUCGUUCGCGUCAACGCUCCAGCUCCAGAGGUAAUAGCCAGCCACGUCCACGCCGCACCCCGGAGAGUGAAGAUUGGCUGUGCUUUUACCACUUUCGCUUCAGAGAACGUGCGAACAAGUGCGCCGAGCCCUGUGCGUGGAAUAAGGAAAACUAG